UUGUUUGACGUUUUCUUUUUCAGUGAAAUAAGUAACCAUGGCGCGAGUACCACCGCCUGUGAAGAAAGAGAAAAAGGAGAAGAAAAUUCCGAAAGACAAAUCCAAAAAUGUUAUGAGAAAUCUGCAUAUAAGGAAACUAUGCCUGAACAUUUGUGUUGGAGAGUCUGGUGACAGGCUAACUCGUGCCGCAAAAGUGUUGGAACAGCUGACUGGACAACAACCAGUGUUCUCUAAAGCUCGUUAUACGGUGCGUUCUUUUGGAAUCAGGCGUAAUGAAAAAAUUGCUGUCCAUUGUACAGUCCGUGGUGCCAAGGCUGAGGAGAUUCUUGAAAAAGGCUUAAAGGUCAGAGAAUAUGAGUUAAGACGUGAUAAUUUCUCUGCCACUGGAAAUUUUGGCUUUGGUAUCCAAGAACAUAUUGAUUUGGGUAUCAAGUAUGAUCCAUCCAUUGGUAUCUAUGGCUUGGACUUCUAUGUUGUUCUUGGCAGGCCAGGUUUCAAUGUAGCCCACAGAAGACGCAAGACUGGUAAGGUUGGCUUCCCACAUCGUUUGACAAAAGAGGAUGCCAUGAAGUGGUUCCAACAGAAAUAUGAUGGUAUCAUCCUUAACAGCAAAAAGUAAUCUUUAAGUAAAGAAAAUGUA